GUCACUGACAUGGAGAGAUGCAGGUUCACUUGCCCUGCGUAGGGGCUUAUCUAGGGCUAAGCUAGGGGGACGGACAAAUAGCAAAGCCAGCCUCAACCCAGCCAGCCGGGCUAAGGGCACAGAAAGCCAUCUGUCCCUUCUCUGUGCAAUAACUGACAACAAAGGGGGUCAAACAUUUAACGAGGACUGUAAAACUAGGGGACUAUUCAUUCUGGAGUGACAAAGGAGAGAGGAAGAGGGACAAAUAUUUAUACUAAAACAGCAGGUGUGGCAUGCCGGCAAAGCGUUGUAUUCAUCUAUUGGUGUAGAGUGUUGUAUGAAGCUGAGUGUCUAGACCGUUGAUAAGUGUGAAUAUGUCUGACAAGGAAGGUGGGGCCUCAGAGGGGGGGCUGAAUGUUACCCUCACGUUGCGGCUUCUGAUGCAUGGGAAGGAAGUGGGCAGCAUAAUUGGAAAGAAAGGGGAAACCGUCAAAAAGAUGAGAGAGGAGAGUGGCGCUCGCAUCAACAUUUCAGAGGGAUCUUCUCCAGAGAGGAUUGUUACCAUCACAGGACCAACAGAGGGCAUCUUCAAAGCUUUCUCUAUGAUCGCUGAGAAGUUUGAGGAGGACAUUACAGCUGCAAUGACAAACAGCACGGUAACAAGCCAUCCUCCAGUGACACUCCGCCUUGUGUUCCCAGGGAGUCAGUGUGGCUCCUUGAUAGGCAAAGGAGGCUCCAAGAUCAAGGAGAUCAGAGAGACCACAGGUGCUCAGGUGCAGGUUGCAGGGGACAUGCUGCCAGAAUCCACUGAGAGAGCUGUCACUAUGUCAGGCACUCCUCAGGCCAUCACACAGUGUGUCAGACACAUCUGCUCUGUCAUUCUGGAAUCACCGCCCAAAGGAGCAACUAUCCCAUAUCGCCCCAAGACCAUGCCAGGAGCCGGCCAUCCAGUAUUUCAACAACAACAUCAACAACAACAACAUGCUUCACAAGCCUUCACAAUUCAAGGACAGUAUGCGUUUCCACAUCAAGAUUUGACCAAGCUUCACCAGUUGGCUAUGCAGCAUAUCCCCCUCCCUUCCCUUGGGCAAAGCAACCCUACCUUCCCUGGAAUGGAUGCCUCUGUCGCCACAAGUUCUCAGGAGCUGGCGAUACCCAACGACUUUAUUGGCAGCAUAAUUGGCAGACAAGGCAGCAAGAUCAAUGAGAUUCGCCAGGUGUCGGGAGCUCACAUCAAGAUAGCCAGUGCCACGGACGGAUCGCCCAUGCGCCAAGUCACAAUCAUAGGCUCUCCUACCAGCAUCAGUGUGGCACACUACCUCAUCAAUGUCAGCUUAGAGAUGGCUAAAUACACCAUGCAGGCUGCUUCCUCUGCGUCAUCUGUUGACCUCAACAAUAUGAGCUUCUCUCAGUCUGCUCCCACUGUCUCCACACCCACCUCUAUGGCUGUCAUGGCCACCACCACCCAAGUCCCUGGCAGCAUUAACAUGCACUCCCCCUCCACCUUACAGUCCAUCCCCACCCAGCACUAUGCCGUCCCCGUUUCCAGUCUGCUUGGCAUGAAAACGCUCCCUAUGCUGGCUAUGCACCCAGCAGCUGCCUCAGGGCUCCUGCAAGGUCUAUCCCCUUACACCACUAAGAUUCCUACUGCUGGCAUGAAAAAACCUGAGCGCCAGAAGUUUGCCCCAUAUUGACAUAUGGGAUAAGAAUUGAAUUCCCCUUCCAAAAACACGUUUGGGGUCAGUACUGUAUAACACUUGUUCCCUGUUGCAAAGCUUGAUUAAGAUAUAUUGACUGUAUGCAGAGGCCUCAUGCCCGUAGGGGGGACAGGGGCGUGUUCCCCCUCAGAUUUGUCUUGUUGAAAAAUAUGUUGUUGUUGUUUCUCUGUGAUACUACUAGCCACCUAGCAAUUUUAUGAAGUUGGCUUUAGGUAGCACAGAUAGGUUCCCAAUCUCCUACCCUCAUUACUAGCUACCAAGAAGCCAUUUCAGGAUGUAAAUAAAGUUAGAGUAGCUCGUUGGCCAUGUUUCCUGCUGGCAAGAUUGCUACACUUUAGAAAAGCAAGCAGUUGCUAAAUGUACUGAAUAAAACUCACAUGAAUUUAAAUAUUUUACCCAGACUUUAGCAGAGCAGCAGAAAAGCAUAUAAGAGGUAUGCUGAGAUAUUCAGAAAAAAAUAAACAUAUUUUUGGCAUAUAAUUAAGCAUAAUGAUUAUUCUCUAGAUUGCAGGAUAAAACUUUCAGCUGUUUGACACACACACACACACACGCACGCACACACACACACACACACACACACACACACACACACACAGUAGUGUAACAGUAUUGUUUGCAACUGUAACUAAAGCGAAAUACCUACUUGUGUGUCAGAACAUACACAACAAUACACAGGCAUUUCUCAAACUUACAGUAUGUGAUGCACAGAAACAGCGGAUCCUUCCAGCAGAACAGUUUUCUCAGAUAUGAUGUACUGUAUUUUGUUUUGAAUCGCUGUAAACAGUUGGCCAAUGAUGUGGUUAGGAAAAAGCCAGUUCCAAACCAGAAUUGACGUUGUACCAGCUGCAUUCUAUCGGUAGGGUAACUGUUAGACAACACUUUACUUGACACCCAAGUGUCAAGUAUUAUGACAUGGCCAUACCCAUGUCAUAACAGCUGACAUAAUGUGUCAUAACCUGUUAUAAUAUGGUCAUAACACUGUCAUGACCCAUAUAUUUACACCUCUUGUGACAUAUAUCGCGUUAUUUUAUGGCUGGUUAUGACACCUACAUCAGCGUGUCAAAACCCACAUUUAUUCAAAUGAGUUUUUUCACUGCCAAGACGUUUCUUUCUUAAAUCCUUUGUUGUUGUGGUAAUAUAUUUUUAUUACAGUCAUGCUUCUUUUUUAUCGUCAUUUUUCAAAAAUGAUCUCGUAGAAAAUGAAGUUUAUUGCACUGCCGUGAAGCAUGAUGACCUCCCUGUGACACUUUACGUGGACUAAGAAAAUACAAUUUAUGAAACUGUCACGAAGCAUCACGACCAUCAUAAUCAUACAAGCCAGAUCGGCCUAUCACGUACAUGCCCUGAUAUCAGUCAUCAAUCAAAAAGAGGGUGUCUUGUCCUGCUCCUGCAAUCUGAUCGUGCAUUCAUCCCAGUCAUCAGCAACGGAGCAUUGGGGUAGGUGCACGUCCGACAUCAAUGUGUGCGCAAUUCAAAUUCUAAUAAACAUGGUCCAUUUUUUAUAUUUUUUUUAUAUCACAUACAUAAACAUACUGUUGACACGUAGGCUAGGAUGUAAUGGAAUGUUUUGCCUUGUGUGGUAGCUUUUGAGUGUUUUGACACUCUUAUGUAGGUGUCAUAACCAGCCAUAUAAUAACGCAAUAUAUGUCACGACAGGUCUAAAUCUAUUAUAACAGGUUAUGACAAGUUAUGUCAGCUGUUAUGACAUGUUUAUGACAUGUUUAUGACCGCGAACGUGAACAUUUAUGACGCUGGUUGUCAAGUAAAGUUAUUACAGUGAAGUUUACUGUAACAACGGUUGUUCCGCUUGGUCAUGUUUUUUCCUCCUCCUCCAAUAGGCUCUCGUCAGUGGUUACAGACUUGGGUGCUCUGUAGUAUUGUUGCACAUGCAGUGCUGAUGGGAUUACUCUAAAGCCACGUUGGAUUCUUGUGGCUUUGAAUCUACACAAAAACCCUUGUAGAGUGGGACUGGCCUAACUAAUUCCUAUUGUUCUGUUUUUGCCACUUGGUUUUCUCACAACUGAAGUCAAAAUGAACAAACCUCUACAGUCCAAUUCAUAUUCCACUCUGCUCUCAAUAUCUGUGGUUGAUGCAGCACACUAUUGUAACCACUUUAUGUUUAUGCUCGUGUUUUUAAUUAGGUUCUACUCUUAGCUUUGUUGAUGAGCUCUUAUGAUUUGUUAUAUUUGUCCCAGACAUGAAAUUACUUUUAAAUAAAUCAAGCUUUUUACGAA